AUGACACGCCCAUUGUCUUCUCUCUGCAGAAAGCCUUUCACGCUUCCACCUCUUGGUUCUCCUUUGCCUAAGGAUGAGAUGGUGGAUGAAGAGAUUUACCAAAAUUAUAACCCCAAAAAUUUUUAUCCAGCAAACCCUGGUGAUGUGCUAGCCGACCGCUAUCAAAUCCUGGCGAAGGUCGGCUGGGGAAUGUCCUCAACCGUAUGGCUUGCUCGCGAUAUGAGAGGAGAUAAAGAAGACCCUGAGCGUGUGGUUGCGCUGAAAAUCGGGAACACCAACCAGGAGGGAGCUGAUGCUGAACGUGAAAUCGAACAGCAUAUUGCCGAGGCUGAUCCAACGCAUCGCGGCCUAGCAAUUUUUCGGACACAUCGUGAUUCUUUCGAUCUUACUGGCCCAGAAGGCCGGCAUCUAUGUCUAGCAUAUCAAGCUAUGAGGGAGCCAUUUUCGAUCUUUAAGAGGCGCUUUGAAAAUGGAAGAAUCCCGCUUCCUCUUACCAAGACAUAUAUCUAUGUCCUCCUUGCCGGCCUCGAUUAUCUUCAUACGAUCUGUAAGGUUGUCCAUACCGAUUUAAAACUCGAGAAUAUGAUGGUCACCUUCGAGGACCCGGAAGUUUUUGGUGACUUCCUGGAUUUCCAAAUGGAGCAUCCAAUGGAGUACAAGGCAGACCCUUCUGGUCAACACGUUUUUCGCUGUCGUAGUGAUUUUGGGCCACUCAGGACAUUGAGAAAUAUUAUCCCGAAAAUUAUUGACUUUGGUACAUCAUUAAAACUUGAUGAAGACGAUAUGGGAAUCCUCCCUAUUCAACCUAGACCAUAUCGUGCUCCUGAGGUUACUCUAGGCUGUGGUUGGGACUCAAGUACUGAUAUCUGGAAUCUGGGUGUUCUUAUGUGGGAUAUGAUCCAAGGCCAAGAGUUAUUCCAACAGGUUUACGAUGCACAAGGUCGAUAUGACGCAAAAUCGCACCUAGCGGAGAUGAUUGCUUUGUUAGGCUAUCCUCCUCCAGAGAUACUUGCAGCAUCUCGGAAUAUGCGAGAGGCCGAAUGGCCUAUAGAGUUAUUUAAUGAACACGGUACUCUCUGCAACACUGUGGAACAAUUCUUUGGUGGGCCAUUCUUUGGUCAGGAUGGCAAAUUCUUGCACAAUGACCUGAUUCCAGAUCGAACUCUUGACGAUAGCAUCACCGUACUCGAACAAGAAGAGAAAGAGCAAUUCUUAUCUUUCGCACGAAUGAUGCUCACUUGGCGCCCAGAUGAGAGAAAAACAGCCCGCGAACUCAUGGAGCAUCCGUUCCUGAAGAUAAACUGA